CGACAGAAGACAAAAACAUCCCUGAAGUAAUAAUUGAACCUAAUAAGAAUAUAACUGAAGCAACCACAAAUAGAAAGAGAAGAAGCAGAGGCAAUAUAGAGAGAGUAAGUAGGAAAAGAAUUAGAGACGUUAGUAAGUGGGCGGAUGAAAAAUCUAAAACAAGUCUAAACCUGGGACUUGAACAUGAAAAUCGAAAAGGUAUUCAAAUUAAAGGAAGACAGAUGGGUGCACCAUGCGCAAACACAUGUAGCCUAAAAUGUGCUACCAAAAUAGCUAAAGAAGAUAGAGACCUUUUUUUGAAUGAAUUUUGGAAGUUAAAAGAUCAUACGAGAAAGUGGGAUUUUAUUGCUCGUCAUGUGAGACAGGUUGCCAAAAAACAAGUAACUAUUACUGCAGAACAACGGUCUCGAAGAAAUUACUUCUACAGUCGCAAUGAAAAAGAACGUGUUUGCAAAACUAUGUUUUUGGAAACCCUUAACGUUUCAGAAACUUGGAUCACUACAGCAUUAAGAAAACUGAAAGAUGGUGGAUCAUUAGAGGAAGAUAAACGUGGAAAGCAUACUAACAGACCACAUAAACUAUCACCAGAACUUAUAGACAAUGUAAAAAAUCACAUAAAUCAGUUUCCCGUAGUACCUUCCCAAUAUACCCGUAAGAAUACGAUGAAGAUGUACCCUGAAGAAGGGCUAACUAUCCAGAAAAUGUACCCCGAUUGUACAACGAGCAUUGCGAAAAAAAUAAGAUUACUAUAG